AUGUUUCCGACCGUUGCGCCUUUCCCUUCGGUUCAGCCUCAUCAUCAUAUGCAUCAUUAUCCCGCCCACGAUGCGAUCCACCAGCCUUCCUACGACGUGAAUGACCCCAAUUUCCCCGCUCAGAACGAACCCUCCAAAACCUUCUUCAAUCCGAUUUCUCGAUCGCGCCUCCAACUCCCACACCCCGUUCAGCGCCUUGACACCCGUGACGCCGCUGGUUCGAGCUCCAAUGCAAAUGGCCCCAACGAACAUGUGCUGCGGAGGAAGACUCCGAACGGAACACUGGCCGCUGGCUACGAUGGCACCCUCGGCGACACGACGAUUCAACCGGCCACCAAACACAUUCUGGUCUCUCCUCUUGACUCCGCCCAGUUUCGGUCUGCACAGGUGGGUCUGCAGACAGACAAUUGGCAACAACCGGCCUUGGACCCCUCCACCUCUAAACACAUGAACUUCCCGCCCGUGUUCAAGAACGACGGCAGCAACCCUUUAGCCGCCGGAGAGGUGGUCCAAGAUGUGAACGGCACGAGCUGGGUGCGCCCUGUGAAUUAUCCUCCGGGUGUAGACUCGGUCCUCAACCAAAGUUUGCCUAUUCAGGGCCCUCAGCGUUUCCUGCUGCAUAACGGUGCCUAUAUCCCCACCGUCUUGCCCGCAACGCUUCAGCAAUGUGUCGGUCCGACUGCAUCAGCUGGAACUGGCCCUUUUGGUCCAUAUUGGCCGGACGGCGUGUAUAUUCCAUAUCGCCCAGCGGCGUUCCGGGAUUCUCGUUUCGGUUCCCCUAGCCCGUCGGCGCAUCCUUUUUUUGAUCCGAACCAGCCGACAUUCAACCAAGCUCAGGUCCCACUGGGCACCCGUCCAGACCCAGCAUUUGCAUGGGGCCAAUCUGCGCCUGGCUUACCAACUCAAGACUCUCUUGUUAAAUCACACUUCCCCCCACGCCACUCGGAUCAGUUACCUUUUCAUGCCCGUGUCAACCGACCUAUUUCCGGGUACUCUUCAGGCUCUAUCAAUCCUAUCAAUACCGAACCAAUAGACUGGACUGGGCGUUCCUCCGGACACAAUUUCCAGGCUGCUGGACCGACAGUCACUGUGAAUGUGGAAUUUAAAGAAAAGAUUCUUUCAUGGGCGCACGGUGUCUAUGUCGAUCUACUUGCCACUAUUCACCAAGCUCGUCGAAACAGCCUUUCCAAUGGUGGUGCUGGUGAGCAGAACCAACGCUUCUUGAAGCCCAGUAUUUAUCCCAAGCCCCCUCGCCAGCCAGGUCUCGACUUUACCCAGAAUAACCCCCCUGAAUUACCUCGCCACAACAGCUAUCCGUCCAGUCAAUAUGACUUGCAACGACAGAAACUUGGUCUCUUGGCAAGCUCUAGGAUGGCUGAAUCUCACUCAACUUCCCUUCCACCAGGAAGCGCCCACAGUCGGCGCCCAUCGUUAAAUCAGUUUGCCCAACAUCAUAGGUCUGAUACACAGAUUCGUGACCCUGGCCAAUUCUCCGGAACAUCCUCAACAUCUCGUUUCUCUAGAUCCGUGUUGAAUGAGAACUCUCCGGUUGCAAAUGCCGUAUCUGCUCUUGAAAUGCUGUCCCAUCUAGUUAUGGAGAGCAAUUGGGAAUGGAUUGAUGGAAUGCUCCUGGGCGGCUGUUUGGCAUAUGGAUUGGGUGACUACAAUAAGGCGUUGCGAUGGUAUUCCAGAAUCAUUACCCGCGACUCAACGCAUGUAGAAGCUAUCUCGAAUUUGGCGGCAACGCUGUUGGCACUUGAUCGGCGGGACGAGGCUUCGCAAAAUUGGCUGCGUGCUGUGAAGCUAAGACCUAGCUUCUUCGAAGCUGUUGAACAUUUGAUCGGCUUACUCUGCACCAGUCACCGCGGUAAAGAGGCCGUAAAUAUCAUCGGUUUCGUUCAAAAUUCACUUCGUCAUCCCCAGGAUGGCGACUGCUUUAAGACAGAUGAGCAUGCCAGCGAACCCGAGAGCGAUGCUGAAAGUAACAUGUCGGACAUUGGCAUGUAUGACAAAGCGUCUUUUGAUUACGAUGACGAUAUGGGCCGUUCACAGGGGCUCAAUCUAGGCUCGCCUGAUGCCACCACGCCUGCUGGAUUUGCCACCAGCGGCUAUGCUAUUCCAGGCUCUGACAACGGGAGAAUGCUUGCCUUGGUUCAUGCUAAGGGUAACAUGCUCUAUGCCCUAGGUGAUAAUGCUGGGGCUGCGGCUGCCUUUGAAGAUGCGGUCUUGAUUGCCGCUGGGAGACGGCGACAUGGCAUUCAAAGUCUCAUUAAGCAGAUCUUCGCAGCUUUUUCUCAUGGGCCAAGCAACGGUUACCACCAGUCUGAACCCGAGUUCAAUGAGAGCGUUCUUCUUUACCCCGAUAGAGCGCUACAGACAUCGAAACUUGUCUUCCAAGCCAACGGAACGCCGCCUGGCUUGCAGUACGUCGCGGAGGGUAUUUCCAGAAAUGCCGCUCUUUCGACAACCAGCAAUUCUUUGCUCUCUUUGGCCAAGAUUUAUCAAGAUGGGAUGUCGACUGUGUCGUCCGGUGUUCCGAGGACCACGCCUGGUGUACGGGAUAUCCUUGCCCUGUACUACCUGUCUCUCUCCCUUCAGCCAAGUCCGUCCACUGCCAACAACGUCGGCAUCUUGUUGGCUGGCAUCCAAAUCAACUCACCGGCCAGGGGAUUAGUUCGUCCAAAUGGGGAGAGUCAGCAUCCCGAAAUUCCAGGUGUUGUGCCCGGGAGUGGCAUCUCUCUUGCCUUGGCAUACUACAACUACGGCUUACAUCUCGACUCAAGGCAUGCCCACUUGUACACCAACCUGGGCAGUUUACUGAAGGAUAUUGGACAACUGCAGGCUGCAAUCAAAAUGUACGAGCAAGCUGUCCAGUGCGAUGGCAAUUUCGACAUCGCCCUGGCCAACCUAGCCAAUGCGGUGAAGGAUGCAGGUCGUGUCAACGACGCGAUCCUGUACUACAAGCGCGCUGUGAAAGUAAACCCGGAGUUUGCCGAGGCUGUGUGUGGCCUGGCUAAUGCCCUCAAUUCGGUGUGCAACUGGGUUGGUCGUGGAGGAAUUGUCAAUGGCCGUGGCUUCCGCGACCGCUGGCACGUAGAUGAUAAGGGCAUGCUGCGGGACUCUCACAGCAAUGAGGCAGGUGUUGGCUGGAUCAAGAGAGUUGUGGAUAUUGUCAACCGACAGCUUCGAGAGGGCGAAUACUGGGGCCGUGGUCUGUUGACACAAAUCACUGCUGAGCAGCUUGUCGCUCAAUUAGCCACGGUACUAGACUCGGGCCGCUUCAGUUCGACUCGGAGAUCGUCUUUGGCCAAUAUUCUUCAGUCAUGGGCUGGACAGAAGUGGGAGGGAUCUCGUAUCGUUCGACUUGUUGAACGUGCUAUCCGAUCAAUCACAUGGCAGUGGUAUCAAGAUCGCUACGUGUACGGAAAGGAAUAUCCUGUCUCGAAGUAUCGCCGGCCUCAACUUCCAGCAGCUCUCACGGCGCCGAAUGCCCCGACAGUUCUACCCUUCCACACCUUUACCUGUCCCCUCUCUGCAAAGCAGAUCCGACAAAUUUCUCAGCGUAAUGGGCUGCGAAUCUCAUGUUCGACUCUUCGACUCCCCUGGCUCCCGAGUACGGUUUAUCGACCGCCAUCCCCUCCAAAUCCCUUCCUUCGAGUUGGGUACGUAUCCUCGGACUUCAACAAUCACCCUCUGGCACAUCUGAUGCAAUCUGUUUUUGGACUGCACAAUCCAAACAAAGUAAAAGCGUACUGCUAUGCUACGACAGUCAGCGACAAGUCUGUCCACCGCCAACAGAUCGAAAAAGAAGCGCCUGUGUUCCAUGAUGCCAGUGGAUGGCCAGUCGAUCGACUGGUGCAGCAGAUCGUCGACGAUGGAAUCCACAUUCUGAUUAAUUUAAACGGGUACACCCGCGGGGCACGCAACGAAGUCUUCGCCGCCCGACCUGCACCGAUUCAUAUGUCGUUUAUGGGGUUUGCCGGUACACUGGGGGCAGAGUGGUGUGACUACAUCCUUGCUGACGAACUUUCGAUCCCUCCUGAGACCCUGAGUCCUGGUCGACGUACUACACGUAUUGAGGACCGGAUUCUUGAAGACAGUAAUGGGGAGGAGCUUGAAGACUGGGUCUACGGGGAGAAGAUUGUCUUCACUCGUGAUACUUUCUUCUGUUGUGACCACCGACAAAGUGCGCCUGAUGCAAGUGAGCGACAGCUUCCAUGGGACGAGGAGCAGGUGCGCCGCUGGAGGAUGCGGAAAGAGCUAUUUCCCAAGCUCAGCGAUGAUACCAUUAUUCUCGGGAACUUCAAUCAGCUGUACAAGGUGAAUUGCUUUUCUCUUUUCUCUCUCUCUGGCCAUAUAGCUGAUUCUUCUCAGAUUGAACCCACUACAUUCCGAACAUGGUUACGCAUUUUGGCGCGCAUCCCCAAUGCCAUUCUCUGGUUACUCCGAUUCCCAGAAACAGGUGAGCAGAACCUCCGCGACAUCGCCAAGGCCUGGGCGGGCGAAGAAACGGCGUCCCGAAUCAUCUUCACGGACGUGGCCCCGAAGAAUACCCACAUUGCACGAGCCAAAAUCCUAGAUCUCUUCCUGGACACCCCCGAGUGCAACGCACACACGACAGCUACAGAUGUUCUGUGGAGUGGAACGCCCCUGCUCACCCUACCGCGCUACAAGUAUAAGAUGUGCUCCCGCAUGGCGAGUAGCAUCCUGAGCAGCGCGCUCCCGGGCUCUGAGGCUGGUCAGCGAGCCCGGGAAGAGCUGAUCGCCUCAUCGGAUGACGACUAUGAAAACAAGGCGAUCCGGCUCUGCAUGGAUUUGCAGUAUGUGGCCGGUGGCGAAGGCCGUGCCAGCGGUCGGUUGGCGGAAAUUCGGCAGAUGCUGUUUCUGCAGCGACACAAGAACAAGCUAUUCGACACAGCGCGCUGGGUGCGCGACCUUGAAACCGCUUACGAGGCGGUAUGGACACAAUGGGUGAAUGGCGAAGAAGGCGAUAUCUGGUUAUGA